CUUGCUUCUAUCGCGUUACAAUGCCUGGCACUGGUGCAUUCUCCGACCGGCCCCAGCACAAGCUCUACCUGUUCGACGUGGAUGAUACGCUUGGGCCACCUCGUCGGCCCGUACCGACAGAGAUGCUUGAGGUACUGAAGGCAGCUCGCAAACAGGCAGUCAUUGGCUUUGUAGGGGGAUCCGACUUUGCCAAGAUCUCGGAGCAGCUUGUACCAGACGGCAAGGGCAACGUGCUGGACAAUUUCGAUUAUGGUUUCGCUGAGAAUGGACUGGUUGCGUACAAGCUCGGCAAACCGCUAGGCACCAAUUCCUUCAUCAAGCAGGUCGGCGAGGAGCCCUACAAAAAACUGGUCAACUUCAUCUUGCGGUACCUGUCAGAAAUUGAUAUUCCUAUCAAACGGGGUACGUUCGUGGAGUUUCGUAACGGCAUGAUCAACGUCAGUCCUAUUGGAAGAAAUGCGACCGUGCAGGAACGUAUUGAUUUUCAGGCUUACGACAAGGUGCACGGUGUCCGUGAGGCGAUGGUGAAUGUGUUGCGGGAGAAGUUCGCCGAUUACGGGCUCACAUUCUCUAUUGGCGGGCAAAUCUCCUUCGAUGUAUUCCCGAAUGGAUGGGACAAGAGAUAUGCUCUUCGUCAUGUGGAGGACGAGCACUUUGACGAGAUCCACUUUUUCGGAGACAAGACAUACAAGGGCGGCAAUGACCAUGAGAUUUACGCCGACCCACGUACAAUUGGCCACGCAGUGACUGGACCUGCGGAUACCCUCAACCAGUUGAAAGAGAUCUUUUCCCUCUAGGGAAACUUAGGACAGUGCCGCCAACACAUCAAGUGCAUUUUGGCAUUGGUAUGCAGAGGAAGCCGUGUUGAUGGUGACGUGCAUACCCACGGACAACGAUAGCGAUUGGCAGCGUGGACUAGCAUGGACUCAUUUUAAAUAGUGAACGGAGUCGCGUGUAACAUAGUGAUGCAUAUCCUCGCAAUGCCUACGUGUGAUACUACAAUGCAAAGACGCUGAACUCCCAAGAGGCAAACGUCUGCUCAUGCCGCACCACCCUCACCCGCAAUUGUGAGCAGGUCACUGUCACCCUGGUCGGAGAUCGUCAUCACACCGACACGGAACAGCUUCCCGGCUGCAGUACCCAGUGCCACGUUCGAACCAGCAAAGUGGUGAACGGCAGUUUUUGAGAGCAUGGCGUAGUACUCAAUCUCAGACUUUCGUAACGGCGGGCAGUUACCGGCAAUCAGGAUGAGCUUGGCCUUGCCACUGCGCAUCUGCUUGAGAGCGGACUUGUACCCCAACGUGUACUUGCCCGACUUGACGACGAGGGCGAGACGGGAGGCGAUGGACUCCGUCGAUUUUGCGGACUUGGACUUCUUGGUGGGGGCCAUGGGAGAG